AUGGGAGCUUCGAGUUCUAGAUUAGACGAAGACGGGAGUCUGCAGCUAUGCCGGGCGAGAAAGAAAUUCAUCAAACAGGCUCUUAACGGCAGGUGUUCUCUCGCAGCAGCUCAUAUUGCAUAUAUAGAGGAACUGAAAAUCGUAGGGGCAUCUUUAAGGAGAUUUGUGGAGUUCGAUGCUGAAUUCGAGCCUUUAGCAAGUGCAACCCCGGAGCCCCAUUCUGUAAAGUCCGUCUCCCGGUCUGUAUCACAAAAUGUCGAUGCAAUGGCAAAUCAUUCACCACCUUCUUCGACUCCUGGUUCGAAUCUGUUCCAAACUCAUCAUAUGAAGUUCAGAAGCCCAUUCUCCAAAAAAGUCGAAGAGAAGCCUCCCGUGCCUGUUGCAGUCUCGGUUUCUUCCACGACUCCUCUGCCUACCACCCCUCGCUCCACUGAAGUACCGGAAGCAUCAGCUUUCAAAACUGCUGAUGAACCAGAGAAUCCACCUUGGGAUUAUUUUGGUCUUUCUAAUCCAACUGAGCAGCGAUUCUCUGCACAAGAGGGCCGAGGAUUUGAUCAGGGUUUGGAGAAGUCAGAUGGAAGAGAAGAUUCGCUGAUAUCAGAUGUUGAAUUUGAAGAACCGGCCACUGCUACCCUUGUUCGAUGUUUCAAAAACGUGAACAUGUCUAAAGAAAAUCUUGCCAAAGAUUCAUCUUCCUUAUCUUCUGAAGAUAAUGUAUCUGAAACCAUGUUUCCGAGUGCGAAGGAAAUAAAAGAAGAUAUUGUGAAUGGAAUUUCACCAGCGAAACAAACGGAAGUUGAAGAUCAAGUUGUUCUAAAGGACUUUCUUACGAGCAUGAAAACGAUUGAUCAGCUUUUUGCUAGAGCGUCUGAAUCAGGAAAAGAAGUAAUAAAGAUGCUUGAGGCAAAUAAAUUACAUUUCCGGCAAGUUAUACAUGGAAAACAACGUGGUUCAGCAUCACUACUGAAAUCUUGCUUUUCCUGUGGGGACGAUCCGAGCCAGGUUCCACAAGAGCCGCCUCAAGAGACUGUCAAGUCCUUUACUUGGCCUCACACGGAAUCAUCUCCUUCCGAUUCAUCUUUGAAUCUUCUAGGUGCUAAUUACACUGAUGGCGUUGAAGAUCUUAGUAAUAAUCUCUUCGACAACUUCUGCAUGGUCUCUGGAAGCCACGCGUCAACCUUGGAUAGGCUUUAUGCGUGGGAAAAGAAGCUUUACAUUGAAGUUAAGGCUGGUGAGAUGCUUCAGAGUAAUUUUGAUCAGAAAUGCAAACUUCUCCUAGAGCAAGAAUACCACGCAGGGAAUACCGACAAGACACGAGCUGUAAUCAAAGGACUGCACUCGAGAAUUCGAGUUUCUGUGCAUCGAAUCAAGUCCAUCUCAAAGAAGAUCGAAGAAAUUAGAGAUAGAGAGCUUCAGCCGCAGCUUGAGGAGCUACUAGAGGGGUUAAGGAAGAUGUGGGAGAUGAUGGUGCAAUGCCAUAAGCUUCAGCUACAUACGAUACCGGUAUCUAAAAUUCCCGGAAGCACGGAUCUCAUCAUGCAGUCAGAUUCUCGGAGACAGGUCACCAUCCAUCUGAAGAAUGAACUAAGCUACCUGUCAUCCAUCUUCACAAAAUGGAUCAACGCGCAAAAGCUCUACGUGGAUUCCAUCAAUAUGUGGCUCUACAAGUGCGUUUUGCUUCCGCGGAAUACUUCUAAGAGGAGCAAAAGGAUGAGACCUCCGCCCAUAAAAAACAUAGGUCCACCGGUAUACAUGAUAUGCAAUACCUGGUUAAAGAUGUUCGACAAACUCCCUUGUAAAGAAGUUGUCGACUCUAUCAAGUACUUGGAGGUCGACGUCGCACACUUUCUGCCUCAUCAAGAGAAGAUGAAGAAGAAGGCCGCGAGAAGUACCAUUGUGGGAGACGAAGACGAGGCACCAACGCCUGCUUUGGAUCGUUUCAAGACAAGCUUGGCUGGAUUUGUUGGGAGAUUGAACGACUUUGCUGAGUCGUCCGAGGGGCUGUUCUCGGACCUCCAGAAGGAAAUCGAGGAAGCUAAGAAAAACUAUGAAGUGUUGAAGUCACAACAGGCAUAG